AUGGCCAAGAGACGGCUCGUGCCAGCGCCCAGGCACUCCCCCGCCACGUGCUCGGGCCCCGCCUCCUUUCCCCCCCCAAACCCGGGCAGAGGGGCGGGGCCGGAGCUCCUUCCCCGCGCACGCGCACGAGAGAGAGAGAGAGAGAGAGAGGGGGCAGCCGUUGCCAUGGCGCCGCCGCGGGCCCGGGUCUCGCGCUGCGCGGCUUUCAGCGCUUCCCACCGGCUGCACAGCCCGUCGUUGAGCGAUGAAGAAAACCGGAAACUUUUUGGGAAAUGUAACAACCCCAACGGCCACGGCCACAACUACAAAGUGGAAGUGACUGUGCAAGGAGAGAUCAAUCCUCUUACAGGGAUGGUGAUCAACCUGACGGAUCUCAAAGCCUACAUGGAGGAAGCCAUAAUGGAACCACUCGAUCACAAGAAUCUGGAUAAAGACGUCCCCUAUUUUGCAGAAGUGGUCAGUACGACUGAAAACGUGGCUGUGUUCAUCUGGGACAAUCUCCAGAAGCACCUUCCUACCGGAGCCCUUCAUAAAGUCAAAGUAUACGAAACGGAGAAGAACGUGGUGGUUUACAAGGGGGAGGGGGGGCUUUCCAAGAAGUGAAGACGCUUGUGGCUGCCUUUGGGCUGUUAUUGUCGCCUAACAGCUCUUAACUCAGCCAGUCUGUUGACCGUCCGUCCGUCCACCCAUCCAACGCAUUGUUAGACUUGUGAGUGUCAAUGUUGAUCUCUUUGUUAAAGAAUCAUAGAAUAGAAUAGCAGAGUUGGAAGGGACCUUGGAGAUCUUCUAGUCCAAGAUGUAGACCCUACAUCUGGCGGGCUGGCGACCCCUCGGGGGAGGGCCUUCUCUGUAGCUGCUCCGGCUCUAUGGAACGAUCUACCCGUAGAGAUCC